GGGGUGACACGUAGGACGGCGCCGGAGGCUGUUCCUCAGGAGAAGCGGGAGUGACGCCUUUCCCUCUCCCUCCCCUCACUCCCGCGAGAGCAGGACGGAGCCCCCUUCCGGGGCUGGACGCAUCGGCUGGAUCAGCACGCUCCCCAACAGUUCUAGAACUGGGCCGAGCACGCCCCCUCCGUUGCCAGGCAGCAGCCGCCCCUUUCCCACCCGCACCUGAAGCCGGUUCCAGGUUCCCCCCUCACCUGUGGGGCCGUCUUCAUAGCCUCCUGCUAGCUGUUCUCCCCGCCUCUGGUGGCUUCUGCCCCCCUCACGUGGGGUCCUCCCGGCUCCUUAGUUUCCUUCCCCACAGCUGUGUUGUUCCCUCCCCUCCGCCCCAUAUCUUGCCCUCUGCCUUGCUUUCUUCCCCUUUGCGCCCCGUCCUUCCCCCCCCUCCCGUGCGGUGCCAUGCGCUUCUCCUUGGUUCUGUCACUCCUCCGCCCUGUGGGGCCUGUGGUGGUUGGGGUGUCUCUAGGUUUCACACUCAGCCUCCUCAGUGUGACCUGGGUGGAGGAGCCAUGUGGGCCCAGCCAGGGAAGCCUACGAGAUGGGGACUUGGAGCAACAGCAGCAAGGUCAGGGUAAUGCUGCCCGCAAGCCCAAUUCUGUGCCUGGGGGAUUGGGCACGGAGCCUGAGCAGAAUUGGGAGCCCCGUGUCCUGCCCUACAAGCCUCCAAACCCAGGCAAGGCUGCUAAGAAAACUAUCAGGACUCGAUAUAUCAGCACGGAGCUUGGCAUGCGACAGCGCCUUUUCGUAGGCGUGUUGACCUCGAAGAACACAUUGCACUCUCUGGCUGUGGCAGUGAAUCGCACGCUGGGCCACCGAUUGGAGCGUCUGGUCUAUUUCACAGGCACCCGCGGGCGCAAGGUGCCACAUGGCAUGAUGGUAGUGACGCAUGGUGAUGAGAGGCCCAUCUGGAACAUGUACCAAACAGUCAAGUAUGUGCUGGACCAUUACAUGGCUGACUUCGACUGGGUUUUCCUGGUGCAGGAUGACACCUACACAGAGGCACACCGUGUCAACCGCUUGGCUUCUCACCUCAGCAUCGACACUCUGCUGUACAUGGGUCGGCCUGAGGAGUUCAUUGGUGGGGACACUCAAGGACGAUACUGCUACGGGGGCUUUGGAUACCUGCUCUCCCGGGCCCUGCUGCUGCGCUUGCAGCCUCAUUUGGAAAGCUGCCGAAAUGACAUCCUGAGUGCCCGGCCUGAUGAGUGGUUGGGGCGCUGCAUCAUUGACUACACAGGUGUUGACUGUGUGGCAGAGCAUGAGGGCCUUCAUUACCACUAUUUUGAGCUUGGAAAGAACACUGAUCCCGAGAAGGAGAGUGACCCACGGUUUGAUGCUGCAUUCACGGUACAUCCAGUGUUGGACCCUGUACAGAUAUACCGGCUACACAGACAUUUUGCACAUGUGGAGCUGGAACACACUUAUCAGGAAAUACAGCAGCUUCAGCUGGAGAUUCAGAAUACCAGCAGUCUGUCUGCAGAUGGUGAGUUGAGUGCCACGUGGCCCAUUGGCAUCGCACCCCCUUUCCAACCAAAGACUCGCUUUGAGGUGCUGCGUUGGGAUUACUUUACUGAAGAGGCAGCCUUUGCCUGUGUGGAUGGAGCUCCGAAGUGUGAGCUCCGAGGAGCAGAUGCAGUUGACGUGGCAGAUGUGGUUGCGGCAGCUGUAGAAGAACUGAACCACCGAUACCAGCCAGUCCUACACGUGCGCAAGCAGCAGUUGCUGAAUGGGUACCGCCGCUUUGAUCCUACACGAGGCAUGGAGUACACUCUGGAUCUGCAGCUGGAGAUGGUGACUCAAAAGGGGUACAGCCGUUCACUGGCCAAGAGGGUGCAUCUGCUGCGCCCACUUAGUGAGGUUGAGAUCAUCCCUAUGCCCUACGUGACUGAGGCAAGCCGAGUUAAUGUCAUCCUUCCACUAACUGCCCCAGAGCGGGACUAUGCUGCACGCUUUCUAGAGGUCUAUGCUACAGCAGCCUUUGAGAAUGCUGAGAAUGCUGUGCUCACUUUUCUUUUCAUCUAUGAUCCCUUUGAAGCUCAACAAGUGUCUCAGAAUGAUGUCUUUGGGGCAGUGAAAGCCCGUAUCGCAGAAUAUGAGCGACGGUAUACCCAAGUGAAGAUCCCCUGGAUCAGUGUCAAGACAGACGCACCUUCUCAGAUCAAGGUUAUGGAUAUAAUCUCCAAGAAGCACCCUGUGGACACGCUCUUCUUUGUGGCAGGGGUGAGCACAGAGGUCACAACAGAGUUCCUCAACCGUUGCCGCAUGAACACCAUUAAUAGCUGGCAGGUCUUCUUCCCCAUCCACUUUCAGGGCUACAAUCCCACCAUUGCUUUCCACAACCAACCCUCUCCUCUUUCUAGCUUGGAUCUGGUACGUGACGCUGGCCACUUUGACCGUGAUGCUUUCAAUGAAGCUUGCUUCUACAAUGCAGACUACAUGGCAGCCCGCACGCGCAUGGCGUCUGACGCGCAGGAUAACGAGGAUAUCUUGGAGACCAUGGACAUGUAUGAUCUAUUUGUCAAGUAUUCUAACCUGCACGUCUUCCGUGCUGUAGAACCUGCCCUUCUCCAGAAGUACAGGCCACACAGCUGCAACCCCCGGCUGAGUGAGGAGCAAUAUCACCGUUGUGUGCAGAGCAGCUUGGAGGGCCUGGGCUCCCGUGCCCAGCUGGCCAUGGUGCUCUUUGAGCAGGAGCAAGGCAAUAGCACGUGAGCCCUGGAAACGGAAGCCAGGGCCAGCCUGCUUCAACCUCCCCCUGCGCUUGCUUCCUGUAGUAGCAGAGGGGAGCUGAAAAUGACUCUUCAAGCUUGGAACCAAGGUGUAGUUGUGACUGGCCUCACGGGCUGCAUUGUGGACAGUAGAUGUAAACGGGAAUUGAUGCAUCGGUUCUAGCUCCGUUUUCUGCCUUGCUCUGUUCCCGUAGCAUGGAGCCCAGGUCCUUUCUUUCCCGCUGCAGCAGGAUUGGCCAACCGCAAGCCCCAACGAAGGGGCAGGCAGGACCUGCCCUGAGACUUGCUUCCUUGAACUGCUCGUUGCUGCAGGUCCUGCCUUUGGUGUUCCUGGGCUCUUAAAGGGGCCUUCUGGAUAAGCAGCAGGAAGGGUUAGUGGGGUGGGCAGAAGUAAAGGAGGCUCUGGGGAGUUGGAUCCUGGGAGAGGAAAGGGAGUGAGAGAAUUUCUUUCCUGUAAGGAACAUUGCUCAUUCCUGUGGCUGCAGCUUUGGUGCUGACUUAAUGAACACUCCAGAUCUGAGUAUGAAGUAACUCAUUUUGAGGCGGGGAGGACAGAGGGUUUCCUGUUGUUUUUUGUUGCUCUGAGACGCUUCCCUUGGAAACCAUGACCCAGGCUGCUUUGGCCUCAGAUUAGUAUUUUGGGGCGGGGUUAAGAGGGUGGCACAGAACGGACGAGAGUCAAGCUGCCUAUAUUGCCAGGCUGGAUCUGGUAUUGUGGGAAAAAUCAUAUUUCUGGGGCUGCCUCCCAUGUAUGCUGCCUGCAGGGCUGAAGGUAUGUGGAUAGCCUACCUUGCUGCCAUGUGUAGUCUCCUAGAAGUCUUCAGCAGAAUGUAUGAUGUUGGUCAGCCUGGUGCUGUGACCAUGGAGGGCAAAACCCAGAAUUGUGGGGGAGGGCUGGACGUGGAGCAUGGCUCUCCAGUGGGUUUAUAUUUAACAUGAGAUUGGUAACAAAAUUUUGUUUUACACUUUAAUAAACUGAAGUGACGCAC